CUUCACAGACACAACAGAAUCAGUCCUAUAAGAUCAUCAAUUUUGCUCCGAGUUUGCUGCAAAUCAUAGUAUCAGAUCAAGUUGAAUUUCCAGUGCGUCAAGCAGCUGCCAUUUAUCUGAAGAACAUGGUGACCCAGUACUGGCCGGACCGUGAGCCGCCCCCUGGAGAAGCAGUGUUCCCCUUCAACAUCCACGAAAAUGACCGCCAGCAGAUCCGGGAUAACAUUGUGGAGGGAAUAAUUCGCUCUCCUGACCUAGUGAGAGCCCAGUUGACAAUGUGCCUCCGUGCUAUCAUUAAACAUGACUUUCCUGGCCAUUGGACAGCUGUGGUAGACAAGAUAGGCUACUACCUGCAGUCUCAGAACAGUGGGAGUUGGCUUGGUAGCCUCCUGUGCCUGUAUCAGCUGGUGAAGACCUAUGAAUACAAAAAAGCAGAGGAGCGAGAUCCUCUCAUAGCAGCAAUGCAAAUAUUUUUGCCUCGGAUUCAGCAGCAGAUGAUCCAGCUUCUGCCUGAUAACUCGCAUUACUCUGUACUGCUUCAGAAACAAAUCUUAAAAAUCUUCUAUGCUCUUGUUCAGUAUGCAUUGCCACUCCAGUUGGUCAAUAACCAGACCAUGACUCAGUGGAUGGAGAUCUUCCGUACAAUCAUUGAUAGAAAUGUCCCUCCAGAGACUUUGCAAGUUGAUGAAGAUGACAGACCAGAGCUGGUGUGGUGGAAAUGCAAGAAAUGGGCAUUGCAUAUUGUAGCUCGUCUUUUUGAACGGUAUGGGAGUCCUGGAAAUGUAACUAAAGAAUACUUUGAAUUCUCUGACUUUUUUUUAAAAACCUAUGCUGUGGGCAUACAACAGGUUCUUUUAAGAAUCUUAGACCAGUACAGGCAAAAAGACUACGUGGCACCACGUGUUCUUCAGCAAACAUUAAAUUAUCUGAACCAAGGGGUUAUUCAUUCUGUAACAUGGAAGCAAAUGAAGCCACACAUACAGAGUAUAACGGAAGAAGUGAUAUUCUCUCUAAUGUGCUACAAAGAUGAGGAUGAAGAGCUCUGGCAAGAGGAUCCAUAUGAAUAUAUCCGCAUGAAAUUUGAUGUAUUUGAAGAUUAUGCAUCUACUACAACAGCAGCACAGAAUCUCCUUUAUACUGCUGCAAAAAAGAGGAAAGAGGUAUUACCAAAAAUGAUGGCAUAUUGUUACCAGAUUCUGACAGAGCCAAACAUUGAUCCAAGGAAAAAAGAUGGAGCUCUGCAUGUUAUAGGAUCCCUAGCAGAUAUCUUACUGAAGAAGAGUGUCUUCAAGGAUCAAAUGGAGCUGAUGUUACAGAAUCAUGUAUUUCCAUUGUUCAUGUCCAACCUGGGGUACCUCAGAGCUAGAUCCUGUUGGGUGCUUCAUUCAUUCAGUGCUUUAAAAUUUCACAAUGAGCUAAACUUGAGGAAUGCAGUAGAGCUGGCAAAGAAGAGCCUGAUUGAUGAUAAGGAAAUGCCUGUCAAAGUAGAAGCAGCCAUAGCUCUUCAGACAUUAAUAAGCAACCAAGAGCAAGCCAAGGAAUAUGUGAAGCCUUAUGUGAGGCCAGUUAUGCAAGAGCUCUUACACAUUGUUAGAGAGACAGAAAACGAUGAUCUUACUAAUGUAAUCCAGAAGAUGAUCUGUGAGUACAGUCAAGAAGUUGCUACUAUCGCCAUUGACAUGACUCAACACCUGGCUGAAAUAUUUGGUAAAGUACUCCAGAGUGAGGAAUAUGAGGAAGUAGAGGACAAAACAGUUAUGGCCAUGGGCAUCCUGCACACAAUUGACACCAUCCUGACAGUUGUGGAAGAUCACAAGGAGAUAACUCAACAACUUGAGAGCAUUUGUUUACAGAUCAUUGGCCUUGUUUUACAGAAACACGUUAUAGAGUUUUAUGAAGAAAUACUCUCCUUGGCCUACAGCUUGACGUGCCAGAUGAUUUCACCUCAAAUGUGGCAGCUUUUAGGUGUUCUAUAUGAGGUUUUCCAGCAGGAUUGCUUUGAAUACUUUGCAGAUAUGAUGCCUCUCUUGCAUAAUUAUGUGACCAUUGACACUGAUACUUUACUGUCUAACCCAAAGCAUUUAGAAAUAAUUUAUGCUAUGUGUAAAAAGGUACUAACAGGAGAUGCAGGAGAAGAUGCAGAGUGCCAUGCAGCCAAGCUCCUAGAAGUAAUUGUUCUUCAAUGCAAAGGACGGGGUAUUGACCAGGUG